UGUUUGAGCCUGUAGGCUCCAACGCGUUUUUGAAGAAGUUAGACCAAAAUAUAUCGAAGAAUUUGAAGACAAAUUUCAGAAAAGUGGCAAGAGGAGCUGUUUCAAGAAAAUCGAAGGCUCCCUGUAUUGUUUUAUCGCGUUUACUGGUCUGGCUGUAUGACCUAGACUGAUUCCUUUGGAUGAACUGAAUCAGGAACAACCGUCAGGGCAUCUUCAAUAAUUCAAGUAAUCCACUUUCCACGGGAUAAAAGAGACACAUAAAUGGAAGACAUGGAGUCUCGUUUACCAAAGCCAAAAUUUGGCUUAAGAAAAGCAGCUAGUGCAAAUAACGUAAGUGCAGGUGAGAGUACCUUAGGAGGUGGAACGAAAAACAAUGUGCAAAGUAAGUCCACAAAAGUACUAAAUGAGGUUGAACUUGCUGCAAAACCAGCUUUUACAAGAGCAAAGACUUCUGCAAACAUUGCCCGAUCAGUUUCCAACAUAAAAGUGGCAGCGAAGAGACCUGCUACUACCGUUUCUGUCGGUGUGACUAAACGGCCUAAUCUCCGAGAGACUACAAAGCCUAAACUUGUUCGAGAAACCACAAAGUUGCAGGCCAACAUCGAAAAUAACAAACCCAUAGUUCCUAAGCCUAGUAAGUGGGAUCUAAAAGGUCGAGUGGCUUAUGCUGAGAAUGAAGUGACAGAUUAUAAGGAAAAGGUUAAGCAUUUGUCGUCUAGAAAUAAAGAGCUCGAAGAGGUUGUCAGUGAGCUGUCGGAGAAAGAGACCACCAGCAGACUAAAAUUGGAGAAGCUAGGAACAGAGAACUGUGAAUUGAUUAAGAGCUUGGAUUUAUUGAAGGCAGAGACAGCAGAAAUAAAAGAAAAAAAUGAAGAGUUGAACGUGAGGCUGAGAAAUACCGAAGAGAAUCUUCAGGAUACAACUGUAAGGCUGAAGAGCUACCAGGACAAGUGCAAAGAGCAGGAGGAAAUAAUAUCUCGGAAUAGUUAUGAGGUAGAAACUUUAAAGACUGAUCUGGAGGAACAGAAAAAUAAGAACUUCGUAUUAACCAGAGAUAAAGAUGAACUCCAGAAUUUGGUAUAUAGCAUGGAUAAAGAACGCAGGGUGCUCCACAAUGCUAUGCAGGAGCUAAAAGGAAAUAUUAGGGUGUUUUGUCGGGUUCGACCAAGGAUUUCUAAUGAACUCUCCAAAACAUUAUGCUCCAUUAAUUAUCUGGACGAGUGCACAAUAGAAGUUGGGCGAGGGGACGUUCCGGACACGCCAGCAGUUGGGGGAAAAGUGAGAGGAACUCGUCAAGAGUUUACCUUCGACAAGGUUUUUUCACCAAAUGCUUCGCAGGCAGAUAUCUUUGAGGAAUUAUCCUUACUUGUGCAAUCUGCACUCGAGGGCUACAACGUGUGUGUCUUUGCCUAUGGGCAGACAGGUUCUGGGAAGACCUACACUAUGGAGGGUCUUUCAGAAUCAAUGGACACCGAAGGCAUGAUUCCAAGAACGGUGAGACACAUUUUCAAGGAGAUGAAGCAAUUGGAGCUUCUUGGGUGGGAGUACAAAAUUGAGGCUAGUUUCCUAGAAAUUUACAAUGAGCAUAUCGUUGACCUAUUGGACUCUCAACUAAAGACUCACGAAAUCCGAAUGGUCGACAACAAAGGAUCCGAACUUUACGUAAGCAAUCUUAAAGUCGAAGAGAUUCAAAGUCCCGAAGAGCUUCAAGAAUUCUUGAUAAUUGCUCAGCGUAAUCGAGCAGUUGCAGCUACAUCAUCCAAUGAAAGAUCGUCCCGAUCACAUUCGGUUGCACGGAUUCGUUUGAUAGGCACUCAUCAAAGGAAACAGGAGACCUGUAUCGGCAGUCUCAACUUGGUAGAUCUAGCUGGUUCUGAAAGGCUGAAAACCGAGGAAGCUGCCAGAACAGUGGAAACGAAGAACAUCAAUCGCUCCCUUGCCAAUCUAGGGAACGUAAUCCUGGCGCUCUUAAAAAAGCAGGACCAUGUGCCUUACAGAAACUCCAAGCUAACCCACCUGUUGAUGCCAUCGCUUGGUGGCAACUCGAAGACUUUGAUGUUGUUGAACAUCUCUCCGCUUUCAGAGUGCUACAAUGAAACUCUGAAUUCUCUUCGAUUCGCUAGCAAUGUUAACAGUUGUAGAAUAGGAAACGUCAGACGAACGCGAACCAUUUUACAUAAGGAUUAAAAAACAAAAAAAUAGAAUUCACGUGUCUGCCUCGAAUGAAUUUUAAAAUAUUUUUUAGGACAUACGAGGUGGUUGAUUUUACCUCGUUACGGAACUUUACCAGCUAUCAACGUUUUUGUACAACUUUAGUGCUAUGAUAACGAGAGUAAUAAUUUAAUACUGCGUAUAAAUUAAUCUCCUAAUUUCCCAACCUUUGAUAGAAUUAAAGCAUUUAAUUUCCGUAUUCAAUGAUUAGCCUUACUACGGUUUUUUUACAAAACCAGAAAGCAUAUGCAGUAAACGU